GAGUGCGCGUGUCAGCUAGGAGAGGAGAUGAGCGAUGCAGUGGAUGCACCGUUUCCUUUGCGGCGCUCGAACCUGUGACUUGUGACGGCUGUGGUCUCCUCACGCGUCUUGCUCGUGCUGCAGGCGGGAAGAUGGGGAACAGGUCCAUGAAGGCAAAGCGCUACCAAGAUGGCCCCGCCUCCAAAGAACGCACUCAUACCUUCAAGAACCCAUCCCUGGAUCUCCUGUGGUCCCGCGUUGACGAGCUGGAGCGGGAGGUCCGCAGGAGGGAUGAGGAGCUGAGUUCCAAAGAGCAGCUGCUCAAAGGUCUCCGGGAGCAGGUGGCCAUGCAGGAACAGGGUCUGAACCGCCUCAGAGAGGAGCUGCAGAACAAGAGAGUGGAGAAGAACCAGAAUGUGGACAGUCCUGGUAUGGUACAAAGCAGCAGUAAGGGCAGCCCCUGCCUCGGAAUGCGCAUCAAGGGGACCCCCAACAGGAGGAAGGGUGCCAAAGCUGGAGUGUCGGCCGAACCCUCAUCCAGAACCUACGACUCCAGCGAUCUGCCCAAGUUCUCCUUUGAGAAGGCCCGGGUACCCAAAGAGUCCAGUGUGAAGAAGCAGCUCGUGGAUGCUCUGAACAAGAACCAGUACCUGAAGCGCCUGGAGGUGCAGCAGCUCAGAGACAUGGUGGACUGCAUGUACCAGCGCACCUACCAGCAGGGGGACUACGUCGUCCAACAGGGGGAGCCGGGCCACCAUUUGUUUGUCCUGGCAGAUGGAAAGUUGGAUGUGUUUCAACAUGACAAGCUGCUGUCGUCGAUUGGCGUGUGGACGGCGUUUGGAGAGUUAGCCAUCCUCUACAACUGCACCCGCACGGCCUCAGUGCGAGCCGUGAACAAAGUGCGGACGUGGGCUUUGGACCGCGAGGUGUUCCAAAAUAUCAUGAGGAGGACAGCCGAGACGCGGCACGAACAGUACCGCAACUUCCUGCGAAGUGUGUCACUGCUGGCUAAUCUGCCCGAGGACAAGCUCGGCAAAAUAGUUGAUUGUCUGGAGGUGGAAUACUACAACAAAGGUGAGUACGUCAUCAGGGAAGGAGAGGAGGGCAGCACCUUCUACAUCAUCGCACAGGGAAAGGUGAAGGUGACCCAGACCACUGACGCCCACAAGACCCCCCAGGUCAUCAACACGCUGCACAAGGGCGACUACUUUGGAGAGAAAGCUCUCAUCAGUGAUGACGUCAGGUCUGCUAACAUUGUGGCCGAUGACGACGGUGUGGAGUGUCUGGUUGUGGACCGAGAGACAUUUGAUCAUACGGUGGGGACGUUCAACGAGCUGCAGAGUUACCUUCAAGGCUACGUGGCCACGCUGGAUCGCGAUGACAAGAAGAGACACGCCAGCAGGAGGUCCUCGUCUCGUCACCAAAGCCAGCCUCUACCUCCAGACGUCCUCCAGCUGAAGAACAUGGUGGCCGCUUUCACGCCGUCCAGACCCUUCGACCACCUGGAGGUCGUCGCCACGCUCGGCGUGGGUGGAUUUGGGCGAGUGGAACUGGUGAGGGUGAAAGGCAAGGACGUGUCCUUUGCGCUGAAGGUCAUCAAGAAGAAGCAUGUGGUGGACAACAGGCAGCAAGAGCACAUCCACUCCGAGAGGAGGAUCCUGGCUGAGGCGCGAUCGCCGUUUGUCGUCAAACUGUACAGAACAUUCCGGGAUAACAAGUACGUGUACAUGCUGCUGGAGGCGUGUCUGGGAGGAGAAGUUUGGAGUCUGCUCAGAGACAGGGGGAGUUUCGACGAGCCCACAGCCAAGUUCUGUGUGGGCUGCGUCACCGAGGCCUUCGACUACCUGCAUCGCAAGGGAAUCCUCUACCGAGACUUGAAGCCGGAGAAUCUCAUGUUGGACUCUGAGGGCUACGUCAAACUGGUGGACUUCGGCUUUGCCAAGAAGAUCCGGAGUGGCCAGAAGACCUGGACCUUCUGCGGGACCCCCGAGUAUGUGGCCCCGGAGGUCAUUCUCAACAAGGGCCACAACUUGAGCGUGGACUUCUGGUCACUGGGAAUCCUGGUCUUUGAGCUCCUCACUGGCAGCCCGCCAUUCACAGGAAGUGACCAGAUGAUGACGUACACCUUCAUCCUGAAGGGGAUUGAGAAGAUGGACUUUCCCAAGAAGAUCACCAAGAGGCCUGAUGACCUCAUACGCAAGCUGUGCAGGAGAAAUCCGUCGGAGCGACUGGGCAACCUAAAAAGUGGACUCAGUGACAUCAAGAAGCACAGGUGGUUCAACGGCUUCAACUGGGCGGGGCUAAAGGCCAGGACACUCGCGUCACCGCUAAAGAGAAACGUGUGCGGUCCGACUGAUCACAGCCACUUUGAUGUUUAUCCUGUGGAUGAGGACUUUCCUCCGGACGAGCUCUCCGGCUGGGACAUGGACUUCUGAGCUCUUCCGAGGUCCUUCAAGUGGACACGGUGAAGAUGAAAAGUCUGGAUGGUGUUUCUCCAUGAAGCUAGCAGACAGGCUUUCUUCUUGUUUCUGCUGAUGAAACCGAACCUCAGAAGAGCAAAGGAGACCCACCAGAAUACCAGCAUGCGGUUACCUGUGCAAUCACGGAACCACCGAGGGGAAGGAGAAGGUCAGUUUUGAUGUGAAGAGCAACAAUUUCAAUGAUGCUUUUAUGUGUAAAAAAACUUGUUGCUCAUUUGUGUUCUGUUAUUUCUGUUACAUCCUAAAUAUGAAACAGCAGUUUUUAAGUGAAACGCUGGUAAGAAACAUAGAACCAUGAAUAUUAUUGUUCAUAUUCAGACAUCAGUACAGGCGGUCCUCGUGUAUGACGUUUUCAUGUUACUGCGUUUUGUGUUCUGACCUUUUAGUUCCAAUGUUUUGUGUUAUGAAAUUUUAUCUUACGCCGUUCCGUGUUACAACGUUUCGUGUUCCUGUUUUGUGUUCCGACCUUUUUGUUUCGGGGUUUUGUGUUGUGACAUUCAGUGUCACGGUGUUUUGUGUUCCGUUUUGUGUUCCAACAUAUUUUUGUUUCCUGUUACAACAUUUUGUGUUACAACGUUUCAUGUUACGACGUUUCCUGUUACAGAAUUUCAGGUUCUGUUUUCAGGUUUCGACAUUUUCGUCCCGAUGUUUCAUGUUAUGGCAUUUUGUGUUACGAAGUUUCACAUUACAACAUUUUGUGUUACAUCAUUUCAUGUUACAGCAUUUUGUGUCACAAGUUUUCACGUUAUGACGUUCACCCUUGCAAUGUUCAGGUUGCAACAUUUCAUGUUAAGGCAUUUCAUGUUGCAAUGUUCAAUGUUACAACACUGUGUGUUACAAUACUUGUUACACUUACAAAACUUGUUACAAGCUCUGUUUUUGGGUUCCGACAUUUUAGUUCCGAUGUUUUGUGUUAUGACAUUUUGUGUUAAGACAUUCCGUGUUGUUUCUUCUUCUGACAUUUUAGUUCCAGUGUUUCAUGUUUUGACAUUUCGUGUUACAAGUGUUUGUUACGACGUUUCAUGUUACACCAUUUCAUGUUAUGACAUUUUGUGUAACAACGUUUCAUGUUACAACAUUUUCUUCAUUUUGUGUUUUGACGCUGCGUAUUACGUCUUGUGUUCCGACGUUUUAGUUAUGAUGUAUCGUCUUACGACAUUUUCAUGUAAUGGCGUUUCAUGUUACGAUGUUCAGGUUCUGUUUUGUGUUCUGACAUUUUGUGUUACACUGUUUCGUGUUACAAUGUUUUGUGUUUCGUUUCAUGUUCUGACCUUUUAGUUGCGAUGUUUCGUGUUAUGACAUUUUCUGUUACGUCGUUUCAUGUAAUGCCGUUUCGUGUUCCAACGUUCAGGUUCUGUUUUGUGCGCCAACAUUUUGUGUUACGCCGUUUCGUGUUACAGCGUUCCGUGUUACAAUAUUUUGUGUUACGCCGUUUCGUGUUACAGCGUUCCGUGUUACAAUAUUUUGUGUUCCGUUUUAUGUUCUGACCUUUUACUUGCGAUGUUUUGCGUUAUGACAGUUUCUGUUACGUGAUUUCAUCUAACGGCGUUCCGUGUUGUGUUUCCUUUAAUUCCAAUUCCAAUUCUGAUGUGUUAUGACAUUCUGUGUUGCGGUGUAGCUUGUUUUGUUUUGUGUACCUUUCAGUUCCGAUUUUUUGGGUUACGACAUUUUGUGUUACGGCGUUUCGUGUUACAACACUCUGUGUUACAGGUUCCGUUUUGUGUUCCGACCUUUUAGUUUUAAUGUUUCAUCUUAUGACAUUUUGUGUGACGGUAAUCCAUGUUACAACGUUUUGUGUGUCGCCCUUUUAGUUUCAAUGUUUUCUGUUGACACUUUGUGUUACGCUGUUUCUUGUUACGGAGUUUUGGGGUUACAACACACUCCCAUACUAAGGAAGGACAACGACACUUGUGUUCUUUUUCGUGAACGUCUUUCCCUUUCAUCGUGUCUGCCGAGCAUGAAGCAGACAGGUUGCAGUGUGUCAAAAAAAGGAAAGUGAAAAAUGAAAUUACCCCUCGUCAGACAGAGGACCUUCUGUACAUUUUUAAAAAGUGCCUGUUUUAAAAGAAAAAAAUGACAGUAGCAGUCAAAAGUUUGGAGACACUUUCUCAUUGUCCACAAUGAGAAAGAGUCUUCAAACUUUUGCCAGGUACUUAAAUGGGACUCUAUUGUGUAGAAAAUGUGUAAAAUAAUGAGUGUAUAAUAGUUAAUUAGUUAAAAAGUUCCAUGUAAUAAAUGAUGACUUACUUUUAUUGUGUUAUUUACGAGUGCAACAAAACACACAAGCUACAACUUAGCACGUCACAUUUAGCGUACUUUUAUUCAUGUCUUUGAAUGCUGUGAGUGGAAGGCAGCCAUUACUGAUAGUGGGGGGGGGGCACAUGUCCAUUGUUUUUAAAGCCACGCCCCCUCCCUCCCUUCCUGACCACAUCCCCUCCACAAGAUAGACAAAAUAAAUAGGAGCAUAUUUCCAUAUACAAAUAUACUUUAUGACGCUUAUUGUACAAGCAAGCUAACAUUUACACAAAAUUAAAAAAAACAAACCUUCUAGGACAUGCAGCGCUAAGAUGAGCAAAAAACAUGUAAAAAAAAAUAUAUCAAAGUUAUGAAAAAAAACACAUUUGACACAAAAUAAAUGUCUCUUAUUUGAAAUAUACUUUUUUUUUUUAGAAUUAACACUAAUUAUUCUUCUUUACAAACUGAUCCAGAGUCAGUCCGCUUGAAAAGGCAAGGUGACAGAAUAAACAAUAACAAUGUACAAAAAAACACAUACACGGAAGACGCUUGUGUUUGGUCUGCAUAAAUAGUUUUGGUUCUCAGCUCUAAAAAAUAAAAAAAUAAAAUAACCUGAGGAAAUGUGUGUGUCUGGUUGCUAUGGUAACCUCACCAAUUAAAAAAAAAAAACUAAACAAAUGUACAUCAUACAUCAGCAAUGAAAGUCAAAAACGAUCAAGGAAAAGCUCAUUUGUCCUAGAUUUUUUUAAAUGAAUUUUAAUAAUAAAAAAACAAAAAAAUAAAUAAAUUUCGAGAUACAUGCUUUUCCAUAGAGAUACCGUACACUGUGAACCAGGGGUGUCCAAACUUCUUCCACUAAAAGAAAAAAUGUAAGAUAACAAGGCAAAUUUUUAUUUUUAUUUUUGUUAACAGGCAAAAAAUAAAUCCAGCGUAGAUAUGCUCAGAAAAAACAGUCCUCUGUGUACAUUUUUUGCUCAUUUGGCCAUUUUUUGCUGUUUUAUUUUUGGGUUUAAUUGUAUUUUUAAAAUAAGUCAUGGGCCAAAAAACAUGAAUGGCCCCUAGGCUGUACCUUGGACACCCGUGUCUUACAUAAUUUUUAGUUUCACAAUUGAUUAAAAAAAAAAAAACACCCAGGAUGCAUUGGGGGAAGUUGGAAAAAUCCGUUUCGGGAAAAUGUUGAAUUUUUGUGCUUCCAACGACACAGGGACCAAAAAAGUGUUCCUGUUAUCACAUUUCGUGUAACGGCGUUUCAUGUUACGACCUUUUAGUUCAGAUAGUUCAGAUGUUUCGUAUUACAACAUACUGUGUUUCUGCGUAUCGUGUUACGACACUCUGUUGCAACAUUUCGUUUUCCAGCCUUUUAGUUCUGAUGUUUUGUGUUACGACACUUUGUGUUACAGUCUUUCAUGUUAUGGUGUUUCAUGUUACAACGUCUUGUGUUACAACGCUUGGUGUUACGUUUCUAGUUCUGUUUUGUGUUCUGACCUUUUAGUUCCAAUGUUACGUAUUACGACAUUUUGUGUUACGACAUCCUGUGUUACAACAUUUGUGUUCUGUUUCGUUUUUCAACCUUUUAGUUCCAAUUUUUUGUGUUAUGAAAUGUUGCGUUAUGUGGUUUCACGUUAUGGCAUUUCAUGUUACAAUGUUUCAUGUUACAUCAUUUUGUGUUACAACAUUUCGGGUUCUGUCUCAUGUUCCAACUUUCUAUUUCCCAUGUUUCAUGUUCCGACAUUUUGUGUUUCAAUGUUUUGUGUUACAACACUCGGUGUUCCAACGUUUUGUGUUCCGACCUUGUAGUUACGGUGUUUUGUGUUAUGACAUUUUGUGUUUUGGUGUUUCGUGUCAUGACACUCUGUUACAACGUUUCGUGUUGUCUUUCGUGUUACACCCAUUAACUUCCGAUGUUUUGUGUGAUGACAUUUUGUGUUACAUAGUUUUAUGUUAUGGUGUUUCAUGUUACAGUGUUUCAUGUUACAACGUUCCGUGUUACAACGUUUCGGGUUCUGUCUCAUGUUCCAACUUUCUAUUUCCCAUCUUUCAUGGUACGACAUUUUGUGUUUCAAUGUUUUGUGUUACAACACUUGGUGUUCCAACAUUUUGUGUUCCGACCUUUUACUUCCGAUGUUUUGUGUUAUGACAUUUUGUGUUACGGGGGUUCAUGUUAUGGCAUUUCAUGGUACAAUGUUUCGUGUUACAAUGUUUCAUGUUGCAGUGUUUUGUGUUACAACCUCUCAGGUUCUGUUUCAUGUUCCAACCUUUUAGUUCCAGUGUUUCAUGUUAUGACAUUUUGUGUUUCUGUGUUUUGUGUUACAAGACUCAGUGCGCCAACGUUUCGUGUUCCAACCUUUUAAUGCCGAUGUUUCAUGUUAUGACAGUUUGUGUUACAGGGGUUCAUGUAAAUGCAUUUCAUGUUACAACGUUUUGUGUUAUGACGCUUGGUGUUCCAACGUUUCGAGUUCUGUUUCGUGUUCUGACCUUUUCGGCGUUUCGCGUUAAAACACUCUGUGUUGUGUUCCAACGUUUCGUGUUCAGACCUUACUGAUGUUUUGUGUUGUGAUAUUUUGUGUUACGGUGUUUCAUGUUAUGGCAUUUCAUGUUACAACGUUUCAGGUUCUGUUUCAUGUUCCAACCUUUUAGUUAAAAUUUUUUGUACUAAGACAUUUUGUGUUCCGGCGUUUCGUUACGACACUCAGUGUUACGUUUUGUGUUCCGAGCUUUUAGUUCCAAUGUUUCGCAUUACGACAUUUUGCAGUUUACCCUUCUGUGUUACAACACUCGGUGUUACAACGUUUCUUGUUCCGAUGUUUUGUGUUAUGGCAUUUUAUGUUGCAACAUUUCAUGGUACGACGCUUGAUGUUAUGUUAUGUGUUCCGACCUUUUAGUUUCGAUGUUUCGUGUUGUGACAUUUUGUGUUCUGGUUUUUGUUCCGAACUUUUUGUUCCAAUGUUUUGUAUUAUGUCAUUUUGUGUUACGUGUAACGACACUCUGCGUUACAACGUUUCGUGUUUUACUUUUGUGUUCCGUCCAUUAACCUCCGAUCUUUUGUGUUAUGGCAUUUUGUGUUACGGGGCUUCACGUUGUGACAUUUCAUAUUACAACGUUUUGUGUUAUGACGCUUGGUGUUACAAUAUUUUGGGUUCUGUUUUGUGUUCUGACAUUUUAGUUCCAAUGUUUCAUAUUACUUCAUUUUGUGUUGUGGCGUUUUGUGUUAUGACACUUGUGUUACAACAUUACGUCUUCCGACCUUUGAUUUGCCAUUUUGUGUUACGGGGUUUCAUGCUGUGGCAUUUCAUGCUACAACGUUUCAUGUUGCGAUGCUCUGUCUUACAACAUUUUGGAUUCUGACCUUUUCGUUCCAAUGUCCCGUAUUACGACAUUUUGUGUUUGGGCGGUUCGUGUUACGACACCUGAUGUUACAACAUUUCGUGUUCUGUUUUGUGUUCCGACCUUGUAGUUACGGUGUUUUGUGUUAUGACAUUUUGUGUUUUGGUGUUUCGUGUCACGACACUCUGUUACAACGUUUCGUGUUGUCUUUCGUGUUACAACCAUUAACUUCCGGUGUUUUGUGUGAUGACAUUUUGUGUUACAGGGUUUUAUGUUAUGGCGUUUCAUGUUACAGCGUUCCGAGUUACAACUUUUCAGGUUCGGUUUCCUGUUCGGACCUUUUGGUUCCAAUGUUCCCUAUUAUGACAUUUUGUGUUUCUGCGUUUUGUGUUACGACACUCGACGUUCCGUUUUGUGUUCUGAACUUUUAGUUUCGACAUUCGACAGUUAUGACAUUUUUUUGUUUCAUGUUAUGGCAUUUCAUGUUACAACAUUUCAUGUUGCAACGUUUCGUGUCGUGUUUUGUGUUCCGACAUUUUGUUUAGCUUUGGAAUCCAUGAUUGUUGGUUGGGACUUAAGCAGAAGAGGAAGAGGUGGCGUAGCUGUGGAGGAGGAGCACGCCCCCUUGAGGCGUCAGUUCAAACUGAAGCAACAUCAGCGUUCAUCCAAAAGUCUUUCCUUCAGCGUUCCUCCUCGUGCUUCACAACCAGCGAAGUUGUGAUGUUCCAUCGCAGCCCCGCCCCCAGAUUUGACCCGCUCCUUCCUGCCAGAGUUUCCAUGGCGACAGGAGGCAGGAGGGUGGGGAAUGUGUGGGGGCGGCGGCGGUGUACAAAGAGAACUAUCGGCACGCGCACGAGUCCACCGUCAUGUUGGGGUAGACCUUCAGGACCACGUUCUUGUCCUCGUCGAAGAAGAGGAUGCUGAGCGACGACAUCUUCUCCGGGACGCAGCACGGCUCCGGGAUGCCCGGGACCACGCCCACCGCCCGCACGAUGCUCUGGAUGGUUGCGUGGUUUGACGGCUUUAGAGCCUGGAAAGAAAAAGGAGCACAAAGAACGUUAGCUGGCUUUUUCCUUGGCUGCGGCUUUUUCUGUUUUUCUUCUACGAGAAGGAAGAGCGCCGCACGGUGGCGUAGUGGUUAGCAUGUUGGCCGCACAGUCAGGCGAUCGGGAAGAUCUGGCUUCAAAUCUCCGUUGGGCAUUUCUGUGUGGAGUUUGCAUGUUCUCCCCGUGUGUGUGUGGGUUUUCUCCUGGUACUCCGGUUUCCUCCCACAUUCCAAAAACAUGCAUGUUAGCUUCAUUGGAGACUCUAAAUUGUCCAUAGGUAUGAAUGUGAGUGUGAAUGCUUGUUUGUCUAUAUGUGCCCUGUGAUUGGCUGGCCACCAGUCCAGGGUGUACCCCGAAGUCAGCUGGGAUAGGCUCCAGCAUACCCCCACAACCCUAGUGAGGAUAAGCGACAUAGAGGAUGGACAUGAUCUAUUAACAACAUAAUCUAUUAUAAAAAUAUAUAUAUUAUUUUUAUUUUAUGUUAUAAAUUAACCAUUAACAACAUAAUACUAUGUAUGGUUUAAUAUUUUUCAUUUUUAAUUUAAUUUAUAAUUUGUUUAUUUAUUUUUAUUUAUAUAUCAUGCAGAAAUACAUAUUUUCACUAGUAUACAUAUUAUACAUGAAUAAAUAUUACUAUAUAUUUUAUAAUUAUAUAAUAAACUAAAUAAAAUCAACAGUCAUAUAAUAAAAGCCACAGUUUGGCCCUGGUACGGAUCAUUUCUAUUUCCAUGGUUUACUAUGGGAACAAUGAUUACUUUUUAAUAAGUAACUUUUUUUGUAGUAGUAGUUGAUUAAACCACAGCAUCCUAACAAAACUGAUUGGAAAGUAUACUGUUGCACUCUAAAUUAGGUGAAUACAUGUAAAAAAAAAAAGAUAAUAUAUAUUAUUAUUAUGCGUACAUUGAGAUUUUAUUAAAAAAAUAAUUCACAAUGACAGUUGAACAAUUUCCUGUUUUAAAAUAAUUAUAAAUGUUUCACAUAUAACUAUUAAUAUAUAUAAUGCAUAAUUUAUGAGUAAAUAUAUAUAUUUUGAUAUAUAUAAUAUAUAUAUCAAAUAUAAUACACAAUAAAUAUAUCAUUUAAUUUUGAGCAAAUGCAUCACAGCCGUUUAAUUCUGCCCCCUAGCGGCUGUGAACAGCAUCGCGCACAUCAUUUCAGGAAACAUGCUGUCAUCUGCAGUUUGACCACUAGAGGGACUCCUUUCCCCAUGACAAGACUUUGUGUUCAUUCUUUUUGGAACUUAGCUAUGAAACUUAACCGAGGCCAGAUGAAGGUGCUGAAGGAGGAACCCACCCGUUACAUUUUGGUGCUAAUCCGGUCGCUUUGGUGACAUCGGUCGGUCAAAACCAAACUUUACCCCGCAAGGACGACGACAAUAUGUUGUUUUUGUCUGAUGUUGUCUGUGUUCCUGUCAGGAUACGUUGGCGUCGCUUGGCAUUAGCUACAUUAGCAUGUGUGAUGGGAGGCGGGAAGACUGCAGGCAGGCUGGAAGACGCCUGUGUGUGUGAAGGAUACAGUAAGUAUAAAUGUCAGGAAAUACAGUAUAUUAGAGGUACAUCCGGCAUUAAAGGUGGUGUGUGAGGUGGUGGUAGCAUUUCCGCACCUUACAGCCAUGCACAAAAUGUAUCAAAAUGGUCCCUUUAAUUUUUACAUUAUAUUAUACAUUUAAUUUAGCCUGCAUUUAAUUAAAAAAAAUAUAUAUAUAUAUAUAUAUUUACGCAUUAAUUUUUUACAUUUUUUUAUUAAUUUCAAAAUGUAUUUUUUUUUUUAAAUAAGACAAUGUAGACUGUGUACAUUGUCUACAUGGUCUAAAA